AUGGAACCAAGACCAGUGAUUAGUUUUAUUAGACAGAAAUACCUUAUAAAUGAGAGGGACAUACAAUAAGAUGCUUUUACAACUAGUAUAGACUAGUAUUUCAAACGAAGUCAAAAAAGAAUUUAUGGUUUCACUCUGACAAGUAUCAUUUAAUUUCUAAAAUAAGGUCUAUUUUUUUUGAUUUUACUGAUACCAUCAAUAGUGUUAUAAUAGGAUUCUUAGGAAGUAGUUGUUUUUCCUUAGAAGGGAGGAUAAUUUACAGUGAAAGAGUAACUUGAUCCUCCAAUAAGUUUGGAGAUUAUUUCAAGUGAUUCCUAUUUAUUAUCAGAUGUUCAACUUUAUUUAGAUGGUCAUACAAUAGAAUAAUUUACAAUUGAAUAGAAAAUGAAUACUAAUUCAACACAUAAAAUUACUAGCAAUAAAUCCUUUAAAAUUAGUAUAAAUUUAAUGAUGGUAGCAGUUAGAUUAAUUUCAUAGUUUAGUUUUGUGCCCAAAUCGUAUUUAAUUAUUUAAACAAUAAUGGUCGUUCUCUCAUUAUUGUAUUUAAUAUAAGAAAUUUUGAGAAAACCGAAAAUUUGA